AUGGGAAACAUUUGUAGCUGCUGUACUGGUGCACGUGGGCCCCAGUACGAGCCCCUCCUUUUGGAUAACGAGCGCGAUGCUGUGGCUGAUCUGCUGCAGUACCUUGAAAACCGCAAUGAGACCAACUUCUUUGAGGGAGAACCCCUGCGUGCGCUUUCCACGCUCUCAUUCAGCGAUAAUGUCGAUCUCCAGCGAAGUGCUGCAUUAGCUUUUGCGGAAAUCACGGAAAAGGAGGUGCGUGAAGUCGGCCGCGAGACGCUCGAGCCCGUGCUCUUCUUGCUCCAGUCGCACGAUGUUGAGGUGCAGCGUGCAUCGAGUGCAGCGCUCGGCAACCUAGCAGUUAAUGCGGAAAACAAGCUGCUGAUUGUCAAGCUUGGCGGUCUCGAGCCGCUUAUCCGCCAAAUGCUGAGUCCUAACGUCGAAGUGCAAUGUAAUGCAGUCGGUUGCAUCACCAACCUUGCCACCCACGACGAUAACAAGACCAAGAUUGCCAAGUCUGGGGCGCUGGUCCCGCUCACACGUCUUGCGCGCUCCAAGGAUAUCCGCGUGCAGCGCAACGCGGCCGGUGCACUGCUCAAUAUGACGCACAGCGACGAGAAUAGGCUGCAGCUAGUGAACGCCGGUGCGAUCUCCGUGCUUGUUUCGCUGCUCGCGAGCCCUGACUCGGACGUACAGUACUACUGUACCACCGCGCUGAGCAACAUUGCUGUGGACAGUGCAAACAGGAAGAAGCUUGUACAAAGCGAGCCACGGCUCGUGCAGAACCUGAUCGGACUCAUGGAGAAUGGCAGCCUGAAGGUGCAGUGCCAGGCAGCACUUGCGCUGCGCAACCUGGCGUCGGACGAAAAGUAUCAGAUCGAGAUUGUGCGUAGCAACGGUCUGCCGCCGCUCUUGCGUCUCCUGCGCUCCUCUUUCCUCCCGCUCAUUCUUUCGGCCGCCGCUUGUGUACGCAACGUAUCAAUCCACCCGAUGAACGAGAGUCCUAUCAUCGAUGCCGGCUUUUUGCACCCCCUCAUUGACCUCCUCAGUCACGAGGAGAACGAAGAGCUGCAGUGCCAUGCUAUCAGUACGCUGCGCAACCUUGCGGCGAGCAACGAGCGGAAUAAAGCGGCCAUAAUUGAUGCGGGCGCCGUCGAGCGCAUCAAGGAGCUUGUCUUGCACGUUCCACUCAGUGUCCAGAGUGAGAUGACGGCAUGCACUGCCGUGCUGGCUCUCUCGGAGGACCUCAAGCCGCAGUUGCUCGACAUGGGCAUCCUCGAGGUGCUGCUUCCGCUGACUGCAAGCGCUUCGAUUGAAGUGCAAGGCAACUCUGCUGCCGCGAUUGGUAACUUGAGCAGCAAGGCGGACGACUACGCGCCUUUCAAUGCUGUAUGGGACAAGCCAAAUGGCGGUCUGUGCGGCUACCUUGUGCGUUUCCUCGAGUCGGAUGACAGCACCUUCCAGCACAUUGCUGUAUGGACACUGGUGCAGCUCCUGGAGAGUGGAAAUAGCGAGCUUGAGCAACAUAUUCGGGGCAGCUCGCACAUUCUUGAUCUUGUGCACCAGCUGCAGAGUCAUGCCGAAGGUGACGAGGAGGUGCAAGAAGGUGACGAAAUUGCGAGCGAUGCAGAGAGCGCAACGCCUGAAAAGGAGAUUUCUGGCCUCUCGAAGCGCAUUGAAGAGAUCCUUUUUGAGCAAGGCGAUACUUCGCAGCCCGAAAAAUAA